CUCUGAUUUGGGGUGUUUUCCUAACCAAGGAAAAGGGUGUGUGCCACUCGACCCAGUGCAGGCAGGUUGCUCUCUUCUGAAUGCAGAAUUGUAAGUAAUGUUUAUUUUAUAUAUUUUAAGUGUUUAUGCCAUUUGUUUCCAGAAAGAAAGAUAGAUUUACAUAUAUUCUGCUCAUUUUGUCACCAAAUGACAUAUAUUUCUUAGUUUACUCCAUUCUUCAAAGUGAAUAUAGUUACUCUUACUACAAUGAACAGAGUUGUAUUUUGCUAUUUAAAGUCAUACAAUUCUGUGUCAUUGGUAGAAAGCCUUGUUUUGCAAAUUAUGAAUAUUUUACGUGAUACCUCCGGUGAAAGAAAUGUAUUUUGCAAGUCUGUUAGAGUCAAUGGUCUAUAUUUGAUCUAUGAUUCAGAGAGAGAUAAUCAUGCCUCGUCUUCUUCAACCAUCGGCAUACUUGUUCUUCGUCAUAACCGUCCAUCUUCGUAGUCGUCUUGGAUCGUCGAUCUUUUCCAUCUUUGAAGUCCACAUUUAUACCGAUUGAGGUUUGAUGGAAUAGUUGAUCAACUUUCCAGGACUUUCGGAAACAUAAUUUUAAAGGCCUAUUUUUAGAUCGAUCUACUACCAUAAACUUGGAAAAUCGAUGCUUAUCCUCCUUCUCUUAUGCAUAUAUUUUAUAAUUUCUAUAUGCAAAGAUUUAUUGAAUAUUCAUUUGCCAAUACAUUUAUGUUCUCAACGAAAUGAUGAUAAUGACUUAUUAUAUUUUGUGACAUUAAAUUGAUCACUUAAUUUAUAUCUUGAUUAUCCUUUCGUCUUUUAUUCAGGGUGGUUAAGUAUCCUAUAGAUGAAUAAGUUAAUUAGAGCAGUUUCGCUCGUGACAUCAACCAUCUUCUCAAACAAGUGUUCAGAUAUACACACAAAGAAAUAAAGAGGAGCAGCAUGGGAGGCAGUACAAACGUCUUUACAGCAUAAGUUUGGGCACAAGUGGACUCUUCCAUAAAUCAAAGAAAAGUAAAAGAAGAUAAGGUGUGUCGCGAAAAGAGAAUACAGCGAGUGGAGGAAGAACACCCAAAAAACAGGGGUCGGGCCUCCUCCACCACUAAGCAAAUCAACAAUUUUGAUACAAGAGAUUGUGCCUACAGAUUUUGUUCAACUUGCAAACCCAUUUGAUGUCGAUUUCGGCUACAAUAACCAAGCCAUCAAUGCCUUAGAUUUCCUAGCCAGAGGAAGAGCAAGAGAGGAUGAUGAAGUCAACAAUAUCAAUGAAGUUGAGCAUGAAAUCAAGUGAGUUAAAAACUCUUUCUUAUUAGAAUUAUAAAGUGUUUUAGCUUAUCGGCUAAGUUAGCAACCGUUUGAUAAUUUGGGCCAAUGUGACCAACAUCUUGCCAUGAUUGCAGGGACCAUUCGAUCCACAGUAAAUAGGAGUACGGGAUUCACACCCAAUCAGAUUAUGUUGGGUCACAAACCUAUCAGCCUGCAGAGCUUGUCUUUCCCCUUCCUCCAUCUGUGCCUGACAUGACAUUUGAUGAUUACUAUGCCAAACUAGCAGAAAAUAUUAAAGCACAUGAUACCGCUCGUGCAACACUUCGCUCUACACAAAGACGGAUGAAGAAAGACUACGAUGUAAGGGUACACCUAAAUCGAUUUGAGGAGGGAGAUCGGGUCUAUCUCUUAGAUUCUGGAACCCCAAGAAGUUGCUGUCCCCUUGGAAGGGUCAAGCAAUAAUCUACAAGUGAUGUACUAUCUGUACCAAGUCAUAUAUUACAAAAUAUUACAUGACCUAUAUAGAUACUAAUGCGCGAUUGGUCAGCAUACCGUCACGUGACCUUCGUAACAAGGAUGAUUAUCGGUAUCUUUCCCAACAUGACGUAAAAUACAUCAUACCUCGGAAUAUGACGCUGUGAUUACGUCAUACCUCGUGCGUUAUAUUCCCAGGUAUGACGUCACAUGAGCAUAUUUGCGCCGCAUUCGCGCAGCGCGAAAUUUGAAGAAACAAAAUUUUGUUCGUCAAAAUGGCUGAUUCAGCGAGUCGAUUCGCAUCGCUUGGUGAGGAACAAUUGGAGGAAAUCAUUGAUCAAAAAGAUGCCCGUUCAACUAAAAGGGUUAUCACUUUGGCGGAGAAUGUUCUCAAAGCUUACUGUGAACACAAAGGAUUUACAAUUCAAGAAACAAUCACAUCAACUGAGCUGAGCAAUUUUCUUCGAUCGUUUUAUGCGGAGGUGCGUAGAUCAAACGGUGAACUGUACAGUAAACGUUUGAUGAUAACGCUACGAUAUGGACUGCAGAGACAUUUCAGCAAAUUUGGUUUCAACAUCGUGAAUGACCCGGAAUUCAGAGAAGCAAAUGACAUGUUUCAUGCUGUUCUUGUAAAGCUGAAGAAGGAAGGAAAAGGAUCUGUUGAUCACAAGGAGCCGAUCACAAAAGAUGAUUUUUUGAAAAUUAAAUCAUCGACAGUAACUGAUGUGAACACACCGAAAGGACUUCAAAACAAAGUUUUCAUGGACAUUAUGAUGCAUCUGUGCAAUCGUGGGAGAGAAAACUUGCGGAAUUUUUCUGAGAAAGAUUUUGUCGUUGUAAAGGAUUCAACAAAUGAGAAAUAUGUCUACCUCGCCACUGAUAAAUUAACUAAAGAUCACCGUGGAGAAUCACUGGACGACUCACGCAGUCAACAAGGAAGGAUGUAUCAAACCCAUAAACCGGACUGUCGCGUUAAAACGUUUGAACUGUAUGUUUCUCAUCUUAAUCCUGCAUGUGAGGAUUUUUUUCAGCGUCCGAAGAUAAGUGGGGAAAGAAAUCAACAAGUGUGGUACUAUAAUUCUCCCGCAGGCAAGAAUACUUUGGGUGAUAAAAUGAAGAAAAUAUCACUUGAAGCCCACACAUCAAAGGUGUACAUCCACGUCCUGGAUGCGAGUGGAUUUGAAGCGAGACACAUCAUGUCCGUAUCCGGACACAAGUCGGAAAGUAGUAUCAAACACUACUCUUAUGUUGAUGAAGCUAAAAAAAGAUGCAUGAGCAGAUGCCUGUCAUCUAUGGGUGAUGGAACAGCUGGUCCAUCGACACAGACGAGGCCUACAGCACCGUCCACUUCUCGCAUUCAUCCUAGUACUACUACUAGGCCUACUAGUCCAGGAACAGGUCCAGGACCAGGACAAAAUCCUACAGCUCUCAUGCCAGCAGCAAACACCGAAGAUGCAUCGUCACAAAGUUCACAGUCUGUCUUCACCUCAAAUAAAUGUUGUCUUGAACAAAUUAGCCUUGGACAAGCGGCAGUACAAUUUUUACAAUUGUACGGUCAAUUUUUACAACUAACAUUUGACUAUAAAUCUAUACAACGGAAUCUAGAUAGAGACUAGACGUAUUCAGCAUCGUGUUUACUUUUAAAGCGUUGGAAUUUUAGUGUGUUCAACUUGUUGGUGUUUGGAAAUAUUUUACAAUUGGAUUUUAUCACGUUUUUUCGGAUUUCUUAACAUCUAGUGCACUGGAACUACAAUAUUGGUGAGUCAGUACAAUUUUCUACCUAUCUUGUAAUAUGCAUCUAUACAGGUCAUUGUAAUAUAACAGAUAUUGACUUUAUCCUUCGGGAACAAUAUAACAUUUCAUUUCCCUUGGGUAGUUAUAUUUUAGUCUUGGGAACUAUAUUUUUCCUCAGCGCUACGCGCUUCGGAAAAAUAUAAUAUCCCUCGACAAAAAUAUAACUCCCUCGAGGAUCUCAAAUGUUAUAUUUCCCCUCUAGGCAGUCAAUAUCUGUAUAGUGUUGACUCUUAACCACGACAGACUGAAAAAAUGUACAGAUCGGAGUGAGGUCUCCACAUCUAACUCUUGGCGGGACAUAUACUGUUCCUGCAGGAAGCAUGAUGAUGGUUCGCUCAUGAUCCAAUGUGAUGGGUGUGAUGAAUGGUUUCAUGGUAACUGCGUCUGUGUGACAGAAGCUGAAAGUCUGCACAUCUAUAAAUAUUUUUGCCCCUUCUGUAGGCAGAAAUAACACAAUCCGUCAAGAGAAGAGGGCAAAAUAUGUUUGUUUUUUCUCUCUCAUUUCACAGGAGCACCAUGACACAAUCCUGUGUUAUCCCAAUGGAGGCAGAGGAAAUUCUUUUAUUUGCUAGCUCUGGGGAGAGCAGGAAGAAGAGGAAGACCCCCAGCUAGCAGAGGAUGCCCCCUAACAAUUCUCCCAGGCUGGCGGUUCGUUCACCGACUAAAAGAAAAAGAACAUGGGUGAGGCGCAUGAAGAGGAGGAAGGUGGCAAAAAUGAGGGCCAUCAUCAAGGAUGUGCCCAAGCCUCUGGCCCCCAUAUAAUAAAGGGCAGGGCCAACAUUGUUGUGCCCCCCAAACAGGGCUGUAGGACGUGGCAGGGGUAGGGGCCUAGAAAACAUUGUUGUGCCCACCCCC